UCUGCAUGUGCUGCUGUGUUAAAUAGGGUCUCCUGGGGACUGGGGGAACGGGGUCAGCCAUCCGGCGCUGUGUGUUCCCUUCUUCCUCGGGCUGCUGCUUUGUUUAGUAUCGGUUUCCUGGGAUGGACCUGGUCCCUGGGAGGGCCCAAUGGGGUUGGUGAGGCUCUCUGCACAGGAAGAAGUGAGAACGGAAUUUACACCUUGGGACUGGGAGAGGAUGGGUGCAGAGCCGCUGUGGGACAUGCUUGGCUCCAGCAGCUGAGAGAGAAGGCAGGAGGUCCUGCCAUCCAUGCUUUGUCCUGCUCUGGAGAUCCCUGCUGUCUCCCCAGAGCAGGAGGACAAGCUGGGCGUCCUGGACUGGAGCUGCCGUGGAGACUCUGGGGGUCCUGGGCUGGUGGGGGGUGCCCACAUCCCCACCCUGAAAAGACAGUUCUCUCUGCCUGGCUUGGGUGGGCAGAGCAGCUGGGUGGGUGCAGGCAGAAUCCAUGGGUGGGAAAAGACUGAGUUGACUCCUGCUGACCCCUGCUCACUGUGUGCCCUCUCAGGUGGCGCUGCUGGAUGCUGUUGCAUGCCCUGAGGAAGAAGGGUUUCCGAAGGCUGUAUGCCCCAGGGAGGAGGAAGAGGAGGAGGAAGAAUACAGGAGACCUGUCACCUUCACACUGGGAAAUGAGAUACUGGGGCUGGGCCCAGAGACCGAGUUUCAGACCCCUGAUGCUGAGGUCUAUAUGCACUUCUUGAGGAGCCACUGCUGCUAUGAUGCCAUCCCCACCAGCUGCAAGCUCGUUGUCUUUGACAUCUCCCUGGAGAUCAAGAAAGCCUUUUUGGCACUGGUGGCCAACGGGGUUCGUGCUGCCCCACUCUGGGACAGCAAGACGCAGAGCUUUGUGGGGAUGCUCACCAUCACCGACUUCAUCAACAUCCUGCACCGCUACUACCGCUCACCUUUGGUGCAGAUCUACGAGGUGGAGGAGCACAAGAUUGAGACCUGGAGAGAAGUGUACCUGCAGGGCUCCCUCAAGCCACUGGUCUACAUCUCUCCGAGCAAUAGCCUCUUCGAUGCUGUCUACUCCCUGAUCAAGCACAAGAUCCACCGCCUGCCUGUCAUUGAGCCUGUCUCGGGCAAUGUCCUGCACAUCCUGACGCACAAGCGCAUCCUCAAGUUCCUCCACAUCUUUGUGAGUGCUGGGGCUGUUUGUGCACGCUCAUGGCUGGUGUCACAGGCAAGGGUGUCAAGGUACAUGCAGGUGCCAGCCCAGCCCUGCCCUGUCCCAUUGAAGGCUUCUACCAUCCCCAAGCCACGCUUCCUGAAGAAAACAGUGCAGGAACUGUGCAUUGGCACCUUCCGUGAUCUGGCCGUCGUGGCUGAGACUGCCCCAGUCCACACUGCCCUGGAGAUUUUUGUGGAUCGCCGUGUCUCCGCCUUGCCUGUCAUCAAUGAUGCUGGGCAGGUGGUUGGCCUGUACUCGCGGUUUGAUGUCAUUCACCUGGCAGCCCAAAAGACCUACAACAACCUGGACAUCAGUGUGAGGGAGGCGCUGCGGCAGCGCAGCGUCUGCCUGGAGGGGGUCCUCACCUGCUACCCCCACGAACCCAUGGAGGACAUAAUUGACCGCAUUGCCAAGGAGCAGGUCCAUCGCCUGGUUCUGGUGGAUGAAAACCGCUACCCGCGGGGCAUCGUCUCCCUCUCUGACAUCCUGCAGGCCCUUGUGCUCACUCCUGCAGGCAUCAAUCGAUCCUCACUCUGAAGACACCAGGGAAAUGCCACUGUCUUGUCUGUCUUGGGGAUCUCCUGCGUGACCUGUGAGAAGGAGGCUUGGGCCCAAAGGCUCUCUGUGGGGAGGACAUGCCUGUUCACCCCAGUCCUCGGGCUCGUCUCGAGUCCAGGGCUAGAUCCUGCUGGUCUUGGAGAGGCAGAGACACUGACAGUGGGACCCAGGGGUGCCUCCUGCCAGUGAGCACACAGCAAUGCUCAGUGGGCACUAUGCUGAGGGGGCUGCAACAUGCCUGCAGCUGGGCAGAGCCCCAUACAGCCCCAGAGGACCUGGCCACCCUCUGCCAUCCUGCUGAUGGAUCUGAGUGUUUCUAUUGUGGCUCCCUCCUAGUGAACACAGUCCCGCUGUCUGUGCUUGGUGCCUGGUAGCGUAGGCUCAGCUGCACACACAGGCUUUUUUAUUUUAGGGUCACACGGGGCUGGAGCUCUCUGGCAGAGGCACAGCCCAUGCCAGAGCUGGCAGCAGGAUGGGCACUUGCAUGGAGACCCUGUGCACGUUUUGGGGUGGGCAGGGGAUAUUUAUUUAUUUGUUAGUCUGUUCAGCCUUGCUGUAACAAAACAGCCUGAUCGAAGAAUUGCCUCUUGCCUUUCUGGGGUAAAGCUGGGCAUGACUCCUCUGGAGGGAACCAGGCUGGGAAAGGGGUACUGUCUGUUUGCCAGCAAGUUUGGCACUGGCAGAGCAGUAACUCGGGGGGAGAACCAAGGGGAUGGGGACACAGGGCAUGCAGUCUUAAUCAUCGUGGUGGUGUGCAGGUCCCUUCAGGGACACACUGAGGGACAAAAGCUUUGGUACCAGCAAGGUUUCUGCCUGCUGCUUCCCUCAGUCCAAGAAGCAGGAAAGUAUGAGGGGUUGACUGUUAAAAAUGUCCCAUGCCCCAUCCCUCGAGGCCUCUGGGCAAAAGGCAAUGCAUCCCCUGCCUGUGACUGCUACCAGCUGUGAGCCUUGCAAUGGUCCUGGCUUGGGGGUAGGGGAUGCUGAGCUGAUCUUUCUUGUCCUGCUUUGCCUGCAGUGAGCCCUGCCAUUCCUGUUACCCCAUAUCAGCAUCUCAGCGCAAUAAAGGCUGACAGUGGAAAGUCCCAGGAACUAAACACCCCGCCUGAGCAGGCUGGCUCUGCCAGGGGAUGCAAUACCAGUCCUGGGUGGUGACAGGCCUCCUCCCAUCAUGAGGAAUGUGUUAUUGCUGGGCUUUCCCAGGACCAUGGCUGGCUCUGUCCCUUGGGAAAGGCGCAAACCCCAAACACCACCAGCACUCAACCCUCCCCUGGGGGCAAGGGGAAAAGUGAGGCACAGAGAAGUUUCUGAGGCCAAGGUCAGCUGUUCAGAGAGGACCCAGAUGUCCUGGCUCCAGGCACAGAUCCACGCGCAGCUACACAAGGACAGGACGAAGGAGACACUGAAUGGCUGCAAGCCCCCUCCCUGCUUUCCCCCAGCCCCAAAAGGGCUCCCGGGUUUCUGACACAGCCCAGCUGGGCAUGGGAUGGGGGGGACACUACCCCCCUGCAGUGUGUCAAAGGCACAGCAGUUCCCCCAGCCUCCUGCUGAUUUUGGGCAAGGGGCUACUAGUGGCCCAGGGGUGAUUUGGGUCAAUCUCUCAUCCCCCACACCUUUCCCACUGUGGGGCUGUGAGCCCCCUGGCCCAAGCUAGCCAGGGAAGGGGUUUGCCUUCCUGUCCUCCUUGUGGGGCAGUAAGGGGGAUCUCCAUCUGGCACUCAGGGUGGGGGUGGACGUGCAGUCAGGGGGCUCCCGGGCGAGCGAUGAAUUCCAGGUUGAUGGGCUUGUCAGCCACCAGGA